CAAUUUAUUUCUAAGGAUUCAUAUGUCAUCCCACUCCCUUCUUAAAUCACACCACUACCUCACACACUAAACACCAAACUUUUACACAUACAUACACAAAACAAACCAAAGAUGGACAAAAGAGUCAAACUCAAUCUCUGUUGCUUCUUGUUCCUAUUACUACCAUCCUUAUUCAAUGUUUCCUUAGCCUUAAAGACACAAGAUUCAUCAUCAUUAGCUAAUAAAUCAAAUCCAUUUUCACCUAAAUCUUCUCUAACUCGAUAUUGGAAAUCCCAAAUCAACAAUAAACUUCCUAUACCAUCUUUUCUUUUAUCAAAAGCAUCUCCACUUCCACCUUUAGAAUUCUCUUUAUUCACAAAAUUAGCUACUAAUCACACUCUUUCAUCUCACUUACCAUCCUUUUGUUCUUUAGCCAAUUUAUGCUGUUUUUCCGAAUCCACCUCCACAAACCGGGUCAACGCUAAAGACUCUGAUUUUGCGGUCUACGACUCUAAACGGUUCUCUAACUAUAGCCCAGGUCGCCUUGGGGGUGGGGACACUUUUAAAAACUACUCAGAAAAUACAAACUUUGCUUCUAGUGGGUUCACAAAAUAUAGUGGUGGAUCAACGGGCCAUCAUGAAGGGUUCACUUCUUAUGCUACUGAUGCCAAUGUAGCUACCUCAAAUUUCACUAGCUAUGCCACCGAUGCCACUGGGGGCACGGGUGAUUUCACUUCGUAUAUGCCACGUGUCAAUGUGCCGGAUCUUCGGUUCGGGUCUUACUCUGCCAAUGGGAAUAAUCAUCCCAUGUCGUUUAAGAGUUAUGCGGAUGAUACAAAUUCUGGGAGCCAACAGUUUUCGAACUAUGCCAAAAAUGGGAAUGGUGUACCCGUGGGGUUUACGAGCUAUGGGGAUACGUCGAAUGUAAUUGGGUCGGGUUUUUCACAUUAUGGUGAGUUGGCGAAUGCGGCUAAUGAUAGUUUCAAGGGGUAUACAUCUAAUGCUAAUAACCCGAAAAAUGAUUUUAAGGCGUAUGGUGGUGGUGGAGGAAAUGCGGGUUCGGAUAGUUUUGUGAGUUAUCGUGAUAAUGCGAACUCGGGUACGGAUAGUUUUUUGUCAUAUGGUAAGAAAUCGAAUUCUGGCAAAUCGAUUUUUGUGAAUUAUGGGAAAUCUUUUAACCCGGGAUCGGAUUCGUUUAAGGAAUAUGGUAAAGGAUCUACGGGUCAACACACCAGUUUUAGUAUUUACGCUUUGAAUACAACGUUCAAAGAUUAUACUAAAACUGGUGUCACAUUUGGUCAAUAUACCAAGCCCGGUUUGAAAGAGGGUUCCACGAGGGUUGAUGGCAGUUUGGUAAAUAAAUGGAUCGAACCGGUAAAAUUCUUUAGGGAAAAAAUGUUAAAAAAAGGGAUCGUUAUGAUGAUGCCUGACAUCAUCGAUAAGAUGCCUAAACGGUCCUUUUUACCCCGGGCCAUUACAUCAAAUUUACCAUUUGCAUCUAACAAACUAAAUAACGUGAAAGAAAUUUUCCAAGCGAAAGACAACUCCAUUCUGGAGCGUGUUAUAACCCACACGCUCUCAGAAUGUGAGAGGGCUCCAAGCCCAGGUGAAACCAAACAAUGUGUGGGCUCAAUCGAGGACAUGGUCGACUUUGCGGUCUCAGUUUUGGGUCACGAUGUGGUGGCUAGAACAACCGAAAAUGUUAAAGGGUCAAAGGAAGAAGUGAUGAUAGGUGAAGUCAAAGGAGUCAAUGGUGGUAAGUUGACUAAGUCAGUGUCCUGCCAUCAAAGCUUGUACCCAUACCUAAUGUAUUAUUGCCACUCUGUACCGAAAGUGAGAGUCUACGUGGCCGAUAUACAUGACGUGGAUAGUAAGGCAAAGAUAAACACUGGUGUUGCUAUAUGUCAUAUUGACACGUCAUCAUGGAGCCCAGGUCAUGCAGCUUUCGUGGCUCUUGGACCUGGUCCGGGUCGCAUUGAAGUUUGUCAUUGGAUAUUUGAAAAUGACAUGACAUGGACCACGUCGGAUUGAAGACGCUAUGUGUGUGUUUUUUAAACAUUCAUUUAUUUCAUAGUAAUGUUCUUUAAUUGUCUUGAGAUGUAGUAUCUUUAUUUUCGUCGACGAUUCUAACUUUGAUGUCUUUUUAUAAAGGUUUUGAUGUUUUUAUCAAUGACAAAUAACAGUAAUAGAUUGCGUGUCAA